AUGGGUGUUAAAGGACUUAAUCAAUUAAUAAAGGAACAUGCUCCUGAAGCAUUCAAAGAAUUUCAAUUGAAAAAUUUAUUUGGAAGAAAGAUUGCCAUUGAUGCUUCCAUGUGCUUAUAUCAAUUCUUAAUUGCUGUUAGGCAGGCCGAAGGUCAACAAUUAACCAAUGACGAGGGUGAAACUACCUCCCAUUUACUGGGUAUGUUCUACCGUACAAUUCGUUUAGUUGAAAAUAGUAUUAAGCCUGUGUACGUUUUUGAUGGAAAACCACCAGUUUUGAAAGGAGGUGAAUUGGAAAAAAGAUUGCUUAGAAGAGAAGAAGCAAUUAAACAAAGAGAGAACAUAAAAGAUGAAGGUACGAUUGAGGAUAUGGUAAGAUAUGAGAAACGGACAGUCAGAGUCACUCGAGAACAAAAUGACGAAGCUAAAAAGUUACUAGAAUUAAUGGGUGUGCCUUAUGUUAAUGCGCCGUGUGAAGCAGAAGCACAAUGUGCGGAAUUAGCUAGAGGUGGGAAAGUCUUUGCAGCUGCAUCAGAAGAUAUGGAUACCAUAUGUUACCAACCUCCGUUCUUGUUGAGGCAUUUAACCUUCUCGGAAGCAAGAAAAAUGCCAAUUGACCAAAUCCAAUACGAAAAGGUUUUAGAGGCCUUAGAGAUGGACAGAGAAACAUUUAUUGAUUUAUGUAUUCUAUUAGGUUGUGAUUAUUGUGAAACAAUUAGAGGUGUUGGACCGGUAACUGCAUUCAAAUUAAUUAAGGAGCAUGGUUCUCUAGACAAAAUAGUUGAAUACUUGACAAAUAAUCCCGAUAAGACUAAUUUCAAAGUUCCUGAAGAUUGGCCCUAUGAUGAAGCCAGAAAAUUGUUUAUUAACCCGGACACAAUCGAUGCCAGUGAAGUUAAUUUAAAAUGGAAAGAGCCGGACGUGGAGGGACUUAUCCAAUAUAUGGUCAAGGAAAAAGGCUUCAGCGAGGAUAGAAUAAGAAGUGGAGCAGAAAAAUUAAAGAAAGGUUUGAAAGGUGGAGUUCAGGGAAGAUUGGACGGAUUCUUCCAGUCUGUACCUAAACCAAAAGAUUCAGCGGAUAAGAAGAGGAAGAAUGAUACCAAAUCUGCGAAAUCAAAAAAGGCGAAAACAAGAAAGUAA